AAAAAAUCUCAGUGUGUGGAAGUGAUGCUGCGUCUAUAGGCACACCGUCCACCUGCUCCGGUACACUGACAGCCCAUGAAUAUCUCUCAAAAUAGAUAUUUUGCUCUCCAUCACUCUGCCAAACCACGGGAUGACAUUAAAUGGCGUGUCCGAGGAUACGAUUUAACGUUACAAGUUUUUUUAGCUGUUAAUUAAACGCACAGAGAACGAGAAAACAACUUCACUAAACAGUUUUCGUAUACAUGCGAGGAGCGUUCCCAGGUUUCCCCCGUGAUGACUGUAUGAAUGCACUGAAAUAAGAAGUACUGCACAUUGACAAACCCAUUUGGAGCAGCACUAUCUCUCCGCGCGCGUGGGAUUCAAGCAGUAGCCAGGCGCGAGACAUCUGAGGAAUAACAUCGUCUCUUCUAAAAAGUCAUUCGCAGAUGUUUUUCGCCGUUCGUGCGUGGACCGUGCACUUUUUCAUGGACAUGGAUCGUUUUCUCUAGUUGGAUACCGACUGGUCACUACGUGAAGCUGUUUAAUUCUGGGAUUUUCUUCGGUCUGCUUCACGGCACUUCAUCUCCUCCAGCAGUGAUGCCGCGACGUGACGGGAAUUGAGAGUUUCCAUAUUCACAGAGAAAUCCGAGCAGACCUUGCAGAUCUUUGAAGAGAGUGCAGCACCUACUCUGAGUAUGGACUUGGCAAGUGAGGCCCAUGUUCUGGUGGUUUUGCUCACCUGCCUGUUCUUGAUGUGCCGGGCUCAAGAGAAGGACUACACCAUAAAAGAGGAACAGCCGGAGAAUGUGCGCAUCGGAAACCUGCGCAAAGACCUAAACUUGAACCUAGAUCCGGACAUCAAGCUGUCUUCUGCGCUGCAGUUUAAACCUGUCUACAAGACGGGUGAUGUGCCUUUGGUCAAGGUAGAAGCAAGCACAGGAGAGAUUUUCACCACAGCCAACCGCAUCGACCGUGAGAAACUCUGUUCCGGAGUCUUCACCGAGAAGCGCUGCUUUUACGAGAUCGAGGUCGCCGUGCUACCAGAUGAGAUUUUCCGACUGGUCAAGAUCCGUUUCCUCAUCGAAGACAUCAACGACAAUGCCCCACUCUUUCAAUCGACGGUUAUCAACAUCUCCAUUCCAGAAAACACAGCAAUCAACAGCCGCUACCCUGUCCCUUCCGCAUUUGACCCUGAUAUAGGGAUCAAUGGGAUUCAACACUACGAGCUAGUCAAGAGUGUGAGCGAAUUUGGCCUGGACAUCAUCGAGACGCCUGAAGGAGACAAAUGGCCCCAACUCAUAGUCCAGCAGAGCCUCGAUCGGGAGACAAAGGACACCUUUGUGAUGAAAAUUAAAGUAGAGGAUGGUGGCAGCCCUCCAAAGUCCAGCACAGCCAUUCUGCAGGUCACUGUCUCAGAUGUGAAUGACAAUCGGCCGGUGUUCAAGGACAGCGAGGUGGAGGUAAACGUUCCUGAAAAUGCCCCAAUGGGAACAUCUGUCACUCACCUUCAUGCCACAGAUGCUGAUCUGGGAUCCAAUGCUCAGAUUCACUUCUCCUUCAGCAACCAAAUCUCCCCUGCCACCAAACGACAUUUUGCUAUUGACAGCACAACUGGACUGAUUACCAUCAAGCAGCCAUUGGACAGGGAAGUCAACCCGGUGCACAAGCUUAUAGUGCUGGCCAGUGAUGGAAGCUCUACCCCUUCAAGGGCUACAGUUACAGUCAAUGUCACAGACAUUAAUGACAACGUCCCCUCCAUAGAUACCCGUUAUAUAAUGAAUCUCGUUAAUGGCACUGUGCUGUUGUCUGAAAAUGCCCCCCUUAACACAAAAAUAGCCCUAAUUACUGUGACAGACAGAGAUGCAGAUCUCAACGGUAAAGUGACUUGUUACACUGAUCAUGAUGUACCUUUCCGACUAAAGCCAGUCUUCAAUGACCAGUUUUUGCUCGAAACGGCCGCACCUUUAGAUUACGAGACCACUCGAGAGUAUGCAAUUAGGAUAGUUGCAUCUGACUCUGGGAAACCACCUCUGAACACUUCUGCAAUGGUCCUGAUUAAAAUAAAGGAUGAGAAUGACAACAUCCCAGUUUUCCCUCAGCCUGAAAUCCAGCUGUCCAUUCCAGAAAACAAUGAUCCGGGCACACAGUUGAUAAAAAUCAGUGCAACAGAUGCAGAUAGUGGUUCUAAUGCCCUUAUUAUUUAUACUCUUGGCCCAGAUGCUCCUGAUGGGUUUAAUAUAGAUCCCCGUUCUGGAAUCCUUUCUGUUGUCAAAAGGCUAGAUAGGGAGAAGCAGGAGAAGUAUUCAUUCACAGUCAUUGCCAGGGAUAAUGGUUCUACCCCUCUUCAAAGCAAUGUCACGGUCAAGCUAAUAGUCCAAGACCAAAAUGAUAACAGUCCAGCCUUUACCCAUCCUGAGUACAACUUCUAUGUGCCUGAGAACCUACCUUUGUAUGGGACGGUUGGUUUGAUAACUGUCACGGAUGCAGAUGCUGGUGACAAUGCAGUCGUCACUCUCUCGAUCAUAAAUGGGAAGGACAAUUUCAUCAUUGACCCCAAAACCGGGGUGAUCAAACCAAACAUUACCUUUGAUAGGGAGCAACAAAGUUCCUACACGUUUGUUGUCAAGGCUGUGGAUGCAGGUCAAAAGCAAACCACCUCCUAUGCCAAGGUCACCAUAAAUGUUGUUGAUGUGAAUGACAAUCGACCGGUGUUUGUUAUCCCCUCCUCAAACUAUUCCUAUGAUCUAGUACCUUCAACCACCAGCCCGGGUUCAGUGGUGACCAGGGUAUUUGCCAUUGACAAUGACACUGGGAUGAACGCUGAGCUGCAGUACAGUAUUAUUGGAGGGUCGCCGAGAGGCCUGUUUGCCAUUGACAAAAUGACAGGCAACAUAACUCUACAGGAGAAGAUUGUAGCAGCAGACCAAGGACUUCAUAGGCUAGUGGUAAAGGUCAAGGACUUGGGACAACCAGAGUCCUUACACGCAAUCGCCCUUGUUCAUUUGUUUGUGAAUGAUACUGUCUCCAAUGCCACAUUCAUCCAGGAACAACUUCGCAAGAGUUUGGAGACUCCUUUGGAACGGAAUAUUGGGGACAACGACGUUACACCCCAGACCAAUGGCUACGUAAUCGUUGUUAUUGCUAUAAUAGCUGGGACUAUGACGGUUAUUCUGGUGAUCUUUGUGACUGCUUUGGUACGCUGUCGACAGACACCGAGACACAAAGUUGUCCAGAAGAGCAAGCAGAGCGGUGAGUGGGUAUCACCCAACCAGGAGGGUCGGCAGAUUAAAAAGAAAAAGAAGAAGAAGAAGAGAUCCCCAAAAAGUUUGCUGCUGAAUUUCGUAACCAUUGAGGAACCCAAGUCUGAUGACCCUACUCAUGAGCACAUCAAUGGCACCUUAGACCUCCCUGUUGAACUUGAGGAGCAGACAAUGGGAAAGUACAACUGGGCUACCACACCGACUACCUUCAAACCCGACAGUCCCGACUUAGCCAAGCACUACAAAUCUGCUUCCCCUCAGCCAACAUUCCAGAUCAAACCAGAGACCCCUGUGGCUCCCAAGAAGCAUCAUGUCAUUCAGGAACUCCCACUGGACAACACAUUCGUGGUGGGCUGUGACUCACUCUCCAAAUGUUCCUCCAGCAGCUCCGACCCCUACAGUGUUUCAGAAUGCAGCUGUCAAGGGGGCUUCAAGGCACCUGGACAAAUCCACACCAGACAGGUAAUUCACAACUUCCUUUCUUUAACCACUCGCUGCUCCAGCUCCCAUUUGUACUGUCCUUCUGAUAGAAAGAUGUAGAAUGGAAGGUGACAGCCGCAUGUGCCAAGCUUCAA